AAAGUACUAGUCUCCGGGUUUAAACUCCUACAGUCGACUGUUGGACGAGACGGAGAUAACAUGUGGUUUUGUUCACACGGACCAGUAUAGAUCAGAUCAGACUAGGACGGAUAACUAUUUUUCGCCAUGAUUUUCCUCAGAGAUUCUACAUUGCUCUUUUUCUCCUUCUGUCUAGUCUACAUAAACGGAACCCAGACACUGGUCGAUUCUAAAAUAAAUACAAUAACCAGGUUUACCAAAGAUCUCGGAAACCUUAAUCCAUUUUCAAGCUCUCAUCCGUUUAGAAACCUCCUAAACCAUUCUGGCAGUUCCAGUUCAAAUUCCAAACCUUCAUAUAAACCUAAGCCGAGUUACAGAGCUCCGAAACCAAGCUACAAGUCUCCUGGUUCAGGCUCGAAAAAACCAAGCUAUAAACAGAACAAUUCUGCGAACCAAAAGCCAAGCUAUGGAAGUAGUAGUUCUCUACGAGCUCCAACCUCUACCGGAGUACAAGGAUACAACGGAGGACAAGGGACCACCGGAGCCGGGUCUACAUUGACUCGAGAGGAGCUACUUACUCUGGUUCUACAGAUGCACAGUAUGAUUCAUGAAUUGAUAGAAGAGAACAAUGAAUCCUACGGGACUCCCCUGGGUAAACCUAUUAAUGGUGGAUCAACACAGUCUCUUCCUACAUAUGGGACUGCAAGCCAAGCUUUAGAAUCCUAUGGAGUAAGCAACAGUCAACCCUUAAAUUCAUUUAAUUCACAGAACUCUCUUCCAACAUACGGAGGUUCCAAUCGUCCUGCUCAGGCACCAAACUCAUAUGUAGGACCGACUGCAAUCCCUUCAUCAGCAUCCGUAGGUUACAGUGGUGCAUCUUCAGCAACCUCGGGAUACAGUGGUCCAUCCUCAGCCUCCUCGGUAUACAGUGGUUCAUCCUCGGCCUCCUUAGGAUUCAGUGGUCCAUCUUCAUCCUCUUCAGGAUACGGUGGUCCGUCCUCAGUCUCUUCAGGAUACAGUGGCCCCUCUGGAUCAUCUGAUAUACAGGCAACCUUUAGUGGUUCCGUUCAGCCUUCAUACAACUCAGCCUCUACAUCUUCUUCCUCCGUAUCCUCAGCAUCUGAAGCUUCAGAUAGUUACGGAGAUCCUAUUGCUGAUCCUGUUAUUAGUUCAACCCUGGACCAGAUAGUUAACACUCUCUCAGCUUAUCAAUCAAACCAACCUAAUCUGCAGUCGAGCCAAAGAAAUCAGGCCAGCUAUAAAUCAAAUACAAGAACCAGGCGGAAGAAUGAGUUCGUACCUUCUCCUAAAUGGUACCCAGAUGAAACAGAAUCUGAGGAUAGUGUUGUUACAAACCCACAGAGGAUCAGAGCUAUCCUUGCAAUUCUAGAAAACCGUAGGAUAGAUGAGAGUUCUCCAAGUAACGUGAGCAAACGUAAUAUCGAGGAUAUUCUGGAGCUCUUAGACCUAGAUCUUGAACAGGAUGCAGAGUAUCUAGUUGAAGAUUUUGCAGUAAACCAGGAGCAUGAACUUAUCCUUGAAUCCUUCUUUAAACGAAAAUAGAUCUAAUUAUUAUUAUUAUUAUUGUUCUUCUAUUCAAGCAGAAUUUACUGUUAAAACUCACUUGUAAGAUUUAUUUGUUAUAUGAAUAAAAAGAAACUUAGUUUUCCUCAUUUA